AUGUGGAACGACGAGGACAAUAACCCCUACGGGGCGUUUGACCAACAUGAAGCUCAUCUCUCCGACUCUCUCCAUUCCGCCGCACUCUCUGGUCCAAUGUUUGAGGAGGAUCAAACUCCUCCCUCAAGCAGGGACUCCGAUCUGGACCCUCCAGACUACAUUUCUCACCCAGAUGAUCUCAGCGAACCCGAAGAAGCCGACUAUGGAGCCGCCAGUCAACAGUAUCCGCGCAAGGGUGUUUAUGACAGCCGUAUCGAGCAGAUCCUCUACGAGCACCCCGAAAUGCCGAUCCUGAUCACCGACGCUGGCAAGAAUCAUGAAGGUGGUGGCGGCUUUAUCGUUUAUACCAUUCGCACGGCAGAUCUGGAAGUUCGGCGGAGAUAUUCGGAAUUCGCAUCACUGCGACAGACUCUUGUGAACCUUCAUCCUACCUUAAUUGUUCCUCCUAUUCCCGAAAAGCAUAGCAUGGCAGACUAUGCCGCCAAGCCCACCAAAGCCAAAGAAGACACCUCCAUAAUUGAUCUGCGGAAGCGUAUGCUUGCUGUCUUUCUGAAUCGCUGUCGCCGGAUGAAGGAGAUCAGGGAAGAUGGUGUAUGGUGGCGGUUCCUUGACCCGAAUGUGAGCUGGAGCGAAGUUCUACACUCUCAUCCAGCUUCCUCCGUCCCUAAAAAUAACCUCAAAGCCCCUCCACUCGAUCCCGCAAACCCAACCCAAGCCCACGGCUGGCUCCCAGUCCCAUCCGCAUCUGCAAAGCUCAAGGCGACAGGCGGUACAGUGACAUCUCCUGGAGGCGGCUCGCCCACAUCGCCUGGGGACCAUACGGAUGGUCCGUCGCCUCAUAUCCCUGGCCCGGAGGUACUUGGACGAUUCCCACCCGAUUCGCGGAAGCUGAGUGAGCAGGAGCUGGACCCCUACUUCAUCAAUUUUGAAGCCUCUACUCGGGAACUGGAGCUGCUUCUCCAGGGGAAUAUUGAGAGAGUCAACCGGCGAACACUAUCCCACCUUUCAUCUCUGUCCGCCGACCUGAUGGAAUUAGGGGCUAGAUACAAUGGAUUUUCUCUCUCCGAACAAUCACCCACCGUCGCCGCGGCAAUUGAGCGUAUUGGCCAAGCCGCCGAUACAUCCUACAUUGAAACUGAGGAACUGUCUUCAGCGUUGAGCGCAAACUUCGCCGAGCCCAUGCGGGAGAGUGCCCAAUUUGCCAGUGUGGUGCGUGGCGUACUACGGUACAGAGUCCUUAAGCGCGUACAAGAGGAGAUGACCCGGGACGAACUCGCGAAGAAAAAGACGUUACUGGAUUCAUUGGAGCGCAGUGAACUUGAAGCAAAACGAUUAGAGCAAUACAUGAACCGCACUAGCCCACAAUCCGGAGCCGCUAAGCAACGAUCUCUAUCCACGUCUUCUGCGGUUAGCAGCGAAGCAGGUACCGCAACUAACCCCUCCACCGACUCGGAGUUCCCACCCACCCACGGGGAUCCGAUCGAGUCUCCUAGCUCGCCUUAUUCCAAGAAGGGAAACGCAUCAACUUCUCCUCCAGCGCACCGGAAGUCCGCCAGCGGUAAUUUUGUGACUAACAAGAUCUUUGGUCGCAUCAGCCAUGCCAUUCAUGGGUUUGCCGAUGUGGAUCCUGAGAGAACCCGCCGAGACCAGAUCGGAAAGACCAAAGAAAGUCUCAUUCAGCUGGAGCAAGCUUUGGAAGUGUCCGAAAAGGAUGUAAAGGAUGCUAGCGCCGGGGUUCUUCAAGAUCUGCGACGGUUCCAGAAGGAUAAAGAAGGCGAUCUCCGGCGGUACAUGGUAUGCACGAUUCCCGCUCGGGAUUCCCCCUCUCCUGCAAUAGCUACUAACUAUGGGUCGGGUAAUCUUCAGGUUGCAUAUGCCCGUUGCCAUUUGGAUUGGGCACGGAAGAACCUGGAAACGUGGACCGAGGCCAAGGAUGAAGUGGAUAAGAUCGUUGCGCGGUAG